ACUUGCUGGGUGACUUAGGCAGCAUGUGCGAGGGCAAUGGGCCAUGGGACUCCUGAUAAUAUGAACUGGGCUGGACUUCUGCAGACGCUGCUGAUCAUGCUUCAUGCCAAGCAGAUCAUUUGCGGCUCCAUCCAUUUCUCUAUUAAGGAGGAACUGGAGCCUCAUACUCUGGUUGGAUCACUAAAUAAACACUUUGCACCUCCUUACCAGCUCCUGACCGAGGAGUACCUGUGGAUGAACGAAAGCACUGGGAAUUUCUACAUUACUGAGAAAAAGAUGGAUCGUGAGCACCUCUGCUCUGAGGAGACAAAAGAUGAUGAAUGCAUAAUUUUGCAAUCUGUAAUUGUUGGGCCCUCUAGGGAGCUGGAGCAGUUUUCUGUGAUCAUAGAGGACAUCAAUGACAAUGCACCGUAUUUUGAAAAUAGCAAAAUAUGCCUGGAUAUUUCUGAGGAUGUACCUGAAGGGACCAGUCUCAUGCUGGAUGACCAGGCUCGGGACAGAGACAGUGGACCAAACGGACAGCUGAAAUACGAACUCAAAGGUUCCGGAGGAGUUUUUUCUUUAAAGGUUGAAGAAGAAGGACCACUAAUCAAGCUGAUCGUACAAAAGGCUCUGGACAGAGAGACUCUGGACCUGUAUCAAAUGCAGCUGGUGGCUACUGACUGUGGAGAACAGCCUAUGAGUGUAUCGGUACCUAUAUUUGUCACAGUGACAGAUGUUAAUGACAACUGUCCAAGCUUUAGUCCUAACAGCCCACUCAGUGCCACAAUCUCAGGAGACUCCAAGAAGGACACAGUUGUUACUCAGGUAGUUGCUACAGACCCAGAUUUAGGCCUAAAUGCUGCCAUUGUUUAUUCCCUCAGUCCUAAGGUCUCUGAAAGGGCUAAGAAACUCUUAAUCCUCAGCGGUCACAGUGGUCACAUCAGGCUAACACAAGACCUUGAAAUAGACAGCGCUGAGGAGCUGGUGUUAAAAGUGUUAGCCAGCAGCCUUCACUGCCCACCAGCAGAGACUCAGGUAACAGUAUCGCUCCUCCCCAAGGCUACCCAAGGUCUAACAAUCAAGAUCGGGUUCAUAGCUAAGCAUCACAACCAGACUGUUGUGAUACCAGAGAGCCAACCCCCCACUCCCUUAGCUGUUUUAGAGCUUGAGGGUGACAGCGGCUUUAAAGACUCAUCUCUUGCCAUUGAGGGUGACGUGCCUUUCUUUUUGAGCCCACAGAGUGGCAAAUAUCUGCUUUCCACAUCAAAGCCCCUAGACUAUGAGAUGAAAAGUGAAUAUCACAUUUCUGUGGUAGUGCAAGGGAGUUUAUCUGAAAAGUCUGUGAUCCCUCCGCCUCAGCGAGAAAUCAGGGUGAUGGUGGAGGAUGUCAAUGAUAAUGCCCCACAUUUCUCCCAGACUGACUACCAGCUGGAAGUGGAGGAAAACAACAAGCCUGCAUUAAUACUGCUGCAGGUAUCAGCUACUGAUGCAGACAGUGGACUCAACGGCAGGGUGACAUACAGGUUAGAUAAACGCACAUCUGCCAUCUUUAAAGUUGACUCAGUGACAGGUCAACUAUCUGCAUUGGUUCCUUUGGAUAGAGAACUGAAAAGUGUGCACAAAUUCACUGUGUUUGCUCAAGAUAGUGGGGUUCCUCCCCUGGAGUCCCAGGCCUCUGUAAUUAUUCGUGUUCUGGACCGGAAUGACAAUGCACCUAUUUUCUCUACUCCUCACUUCAUCUUCUUCAUCCCUGAGAAUGCACCACCGUUUGCUCAGGUGGGGAUGAUAGAAGUGGAAGAUCCAGAUGAAGGAGAGAAUGGGAAAAUAGAAUUUCAAAUCGUACAGGGUAACACAUCUUUUGUUGUGGAUAGCAUACAAAGGAUGCUGCACACCACCACCAACUUGGACCGGGAGACGACAGAUCAUCAUGAACUUUACCUGGCGGUCAGCGACAAUGGCCAUCCAGUGGCAUUAACCUCCGGUGCCAGGGUGACUAUCUUUAUAGAGGACAUUAAUGACAACAACCCAAAAGUGAUCCUUCCCAGCAGCAAUUAUUCAUGUUUGGUAGUCUCUCCAGGUACUCCAGUGGGUACAAAUGUAACAAAGGUCUACGCCGUCGAUGAAGACUCUGGUGUAAACUCAGAAAUCACAUAUUCUGUUGUUGCACCAAAGUCAGUUUGGCAAAACACCCCCUUCCAGGUAGACUCAAAAUCAGGGAACAUUACCUUAAAACAAGAGCUUUUGCAGGAAGAUAUGGGAAUGCAUAAUCUGUUCAUUGUGGUAAGAGACAAUGGGAAACCAAUUCCACUUUAUACCACUGUCUGGAUUAACCUGUUGGUUAAUAAGAGCAUAGAUCAGUGCCAUCUAGAUACGGCACCUACAUGGACUGGAAGAUCAGAUUGGGUUGAAAGUGCUUCUAUGUCUCCAGUCUGUGAGGUGGAGACUGCCAGAUCAGUUCAAGAGAUAUACUUUUAUCUUGUGCUCUGCAUGGCGGUAGUAAUCAUGGUUUUGUUUUUUACAACAGUUUUUUUGUAUCUGAAACACAGAAAAUAUCCACCAAAGAAAAAGAUGGGACAUACAGAAGAGAAUGAGAUUCCACUCAGAGUCAAAGACAAAUAUUAUUCUGAUGAAUAGCAGCUCGAAGCAAGCAGCGAGUAAUCUCACUCACAGUUUCAAGGAUGAAAACAGCCAGAAAAUUAAACAUUUUGAGAGCAUUUGUCUUGGGCUUUAUGCAAUUUAAAAAAAAAAAUCCCUACAUGCUUCUGCGAUUACUCUAUUUUCAGAAGUAGAAGAAUACUCCAGCAAGUUUCUGAUAAAGACUCAGCACACAGUGACCAGAGAAAGAACUGAUAAGAGGAGCAUUUUUCCUAGGAAACUCUUAACAUUACAGACAACACUAGUCAUGGACGAUGUACCAGGCAAAGCCACCCGGUGAUAAGACGUAUCACAGCCAGUGAGAUAUAAUGUAGAUUAGUCAAAUGUUUCCCAAGAAAUCAUAAAAACUAAGGUGCUUGUGCAACAAGCUGCUUGAGUUUAUCUCAGCUUCCUGACUUUGAGUGAUGGGAUUCUAAAGUAUUUAGACACUUUAGAAGCCGCAGAAGGGUUUUUAUGUUCCUUUAGAGGUGAAGUGAUGAAAGUGUAUAAAGGAGUAACCCUUGACUAGCUCCAGGAGUGAAGAGGCACACAAACAUCUCAAGUCUCCACCUUGCAGUUGUUACCUGAUAACGCCGGUUCUUACCUGCACGGUUGGAUCGCACCCAAAAGGCAGAAAACUCACCGUACUGCGCCCAGCUCCCCACCAGGUGUGCUGUUUUAAUACCUGACUCUCAGAGGGAAGUCACACUCUACUCAAAGAUGCAUUUACAAACAGCAGCUGGCGUCACAUUCGGAUAGAUUUGGAGGAACAAAUUGGAUCUAAAGCAGGUUAAGUGCUGCAUUAUGAGCCAGGGUGCGAUGUGGGUGCAAAUCUGGGAGCAAACAGUUGCACAAAGAUGGAGGGGAAUCUGUUUUAACUUUUUAAUAUCUGUACAGUGUAGUGCAUUGUUGAGUGUAGGCCUGCGUGAGGUGGAAAGGAGGAAAGCAAGGAGACGGAGCCUGUAAAACACAAUGUACAACAACCUGGUUAGUGCAGAACAAGGCUUGUAUAACAUGAGCUAUGUCUCUGAGGAUGUCUGGGCUAGCAGCGUCAAAAAUAAACAAUCUAAUAAGGCCCACACUGUGGGGAUAACUACAUUAACUGGGAUCAAAUAAGGACUUCCAAAACCAAAUUAAGAAUUGAAUUAAAAUAGCCUUUUUACAAGAGAAAUUAAGGAAUACAUUGGAUUACAAGAUACAGUUUUGUUGUUGUUUUAUAAAAAAUAUAUAUACAUAUAUGCUUACAAAGUGUUUUUGCAUAAUUCUAUUUUAUAUGAUUUGAGGAAAAAAUAUUCACCUAAAAAUAUAUCUAUGUAUUUUGUUAUAUGAAGCUAAAAAUGCAGCUUUAAAAAAAAUGCAGUUGGCAGGUGAAAGUCUGCCAUCUAGUGGAUGCAGAUGACGCCAAUUCUUGUUCUCCUUUGUGAAAUUUGGCCGACAGGGAGAGAAUGAACCACAAAACUAGUUUCUAACGUCGUGGCUGUCAUUUUGCCUGAGAACAGAGACGUGUCCCCGCUGCCCUGCUCUAUGCUCAAUCUUCUUUCACUCACCUUUCAGUUCAUCUUUUCAAGAUGAACAUUUAGUUGCAGGCUAUGGGCAGCAGUUGACUCAAAUGCCUUGUGGAUUAGUUGUAAACUGCAUUUUAGUUGUGAACUGAUUUUGUGAUAAUGUCAUACAACUCUUGUGUGAGUAAAAUUCGAGUUGGUUUUGUUUGUUUGUUAUUGUUUUGCUAUUUUAUUCAAGAUCAAUGUGGCAACCCCUCAUUGCGUCUCAAUGGUCCCAACAUCUAGCUUUCAGUUAUCCAUAUUUCCUGUUUGUGAACAUUCCAGAACACAACAGAACAUGUAGGAUGGCAAUAACAAAACACAAAUCCAGCUCACCAGCAGUAAUAUCUUAUGCAAUUUUUAUGUUUAAGACUGUAUUUCAUAGAUGGUGCUAUGAUUGGAUCUCACAGUUUUACUCAGUCUGGAGAGCUUCACCUGACUAUCCACCACAAAGUUUUAUUUCAUGUUUCAUUUACCAGGAAUAAAUACUCAGCAAAACCAUGACCAUCUUAUUUAAGUGAAUGAAUACUGCAUUAUUUUCUGUAAUUUAAAGUCAGCCUGUAUUUUCUGAAUGCUUCAUUUUUAUUUUUAUUUUUUUGCUCAAUAAAAUAUGCUUUACAAAUUA